AAUCGAUAUACAUUAAGAAAUUGUCCAAAGAUGUCUACAGCACAGAUGCAGAGAACACAGGAGAAGACCAGUACAUGGUCUGCCAUUUUUCCAAAUGAAACUGUGACAGAACAACAGUCAACAUUAUUUGUGAAGAAGCUUGUUGCUGUAGCUGUGUCCAACAUUGCAUAUUUACGAGCAAUCUUCCCAGAGCAUUCAUUUGGUGAUAGGUGUUUGGAAGACCUCAACUUGAAGAUACUGAGAGAUGAUAGUUCAUGCCCAGGAGCUUGUCAAGUUAUCAAAUGGGUGAAGGGCUGUUUUGAUGCUAUUGAAAAGAAAUAUUUGAGGAUGCUGAUUAUAGGGAUCUAUGUUGACCCGGAAGAUCCUGAUACUGUAAUUGAGUCAUACACUUUCAAGUUUUCCUACACCAACAAUGGGGGAAUUGACAUAUACAGGAAUGACAAGAAAGUAUCCAGUGCAUACUCAGCAUCAGAGACAAAGAAAGCUACCAUCAGACUUUUGAGGACAAUUGUAGUGUUGACACAAACAUUAAAGUCAUUACCUGAUGAUAUCAUGAUGACUAUGAAGCUUCUCUACUUUGACGAUCUUACACCUGGUGAUUAUGAACCUCCAGGUUUCAAGGCCGCACAAACAGACCGCUUUCAGUUUGAAGAAGAACCUAUGAAUAUUAAAGUUGGAGAUGUUACAACUCCAUUUCACACUAUUAAAAUGAGAAUCAAGACUGAUAAAUCACAGUUUGAGAUGAAGGAUGAAGAUGUUGAUGGAAACAAGGAAGAAACAACAGAACCAGAAAUCACAACAGUCAAUGUACAGGAUGACAUUAUGGAUGAUGAAACACAGCAACCAGAUGAAGAGGUAUACCAGUUCAAAGAUGAUCUGACAGAAAUGGAGAAACCUCAAAGAUCAACAGAGAAUGGUAAAUCACUUGAGGCAGUUGUACCAUCAGAAAGUCCUGAAAUCCCAGGUUCAGAUGAAAUGGCCGUAGAUACCACUGGAUCUCAGAGAAGUCAAGAAUCAGAAAUUCCUGAUUUGGGGGUUAGAUGUCCCUGUGGUGUGAAUGAGGAUGAUGGACUGAUGGUUCUAUGUGCUGUGUGUAAAUAUUGGCAGCAUGGUAUCUGUUUCUUGAUCAAAGAUGAAGAUGAAGCACCUCAAGCUCAUUUCUGUGAUGUGUGUUCUGAGAUUGACAGUCCAGACAAACAGCCAACUGAUCCUUAUUUGUGUGGAUUAUCAUCUAUAGCUGUUCAGGCCACAUGCUUAUGGAGAAGAACUUUAACGGCUGUACCAGAACUAAGCAGAGUUUUAGCACCAAACUUGGCCAAAAGACUUGGUGUAGAAGUCAGUGUAGCUCAAGGUCUAAUGAACAGACUUGAAAAAGAAGGUUUCAUAAAGAGCAGUGGAAAAAAUAAGAAGCUUGGAAAAAUUGUUGACAAGGAGAAAGUGAAAAUAGAUGGUUUCAAGAAAUAUCUAACAAAAAAGACAACAGAGAAACCUACAAUUGACACAAAUAUGAAUGAAGAGACUGAAGAUGAUGGAGAAUUUAAAAAGCCUCUGCAGAAGAAAGAUAUAAACAAAUCUAUAGAACAGCUUUCUGCCAUGACAGAAGAUAUUGAAUUAUCUAGACCAAAGAAAAAGGGAAGAAGGGGUAAAAAACAAAAGGAAACCAAGGAGAAUAUAGAGGUGGAAUCAGCUGUUGUUCAUCCCUGCCAGGAAAAUGAACCAAAGAAAAGCAGAAAAAGGGCUAUUUCAAAUGUUGAUGAGACUGAGUUUGAUUUAGCCGAUAGUCAGAUGGAUAGUCAAGAUUUCAUGGAGGACAAGAAUAGUUCAAAAAAGAAGAAAGCUAGUAUUGUGACCAAGGCAAUCAUGGUUUAAUACUGUUGACAAAUAACAUUGUAUGAAUUUAAAUAUGUUGAUUAUGUUCAAUUUACAUUGUUAUAAAAGUGAAAUAUUUUGUAACUGAGCCUGUGGGGACAAUGGAUAUCAAAACUGUGAAAAAAAAAUUUGUGGAGGCGAGACUUAGCCAUGCUGUUUCUGGCGGCAUCAAACAAUUGUUAAGGUUAAAAAACUACCCUUAAAAAAAAAAAAAAAACACCAAAAAUUUUAAUUUCAGUUUCACAUCAUCUGUUUAGUUCCAUUGUCAUCAUCUAUUGCUAUAUACUAUCAAGGAAUUGUAUGUUUAAAUAUACAAUUCCUUGAUACUAUCAGCAGAAUCUUGUGAGGAAAGGUAACCAACAUAUUUUAAGAUGCAGCCUAUUUUACAAUCUUUUGUCUAAUAAUAAAAGAUCCUGAAAUAUUUAAAGCCCAUUGGUUUCUGUUAUUUAGGAAUUGUUCUUCUGAAUUUCUCAAAUGUUGGGAAAUAGGCAAGAUUUUAGUAUUGGAUCUUCAUGACUUAUUGCUGUUAAUGCUGAUGUUUUGUGAUAAAAUCAGUUGGAAUUGUUGUAUGGUUUUCUGUGCUAAGGUCAUGUCAUAUAUUUAUCAAGGAAUGUAAAAUCUUAAAAUGGGAGAAAACUUUUCAGACAACAUGGUUGUAUGCCACAGGGCAGUUUACACACAAAUUUGAUUGUCUGUUCCAUAAUGAAGUUCAGCUUCAUCUAGGUCACAUGUUUUUUUCCAUAUCUGUGAUUGAUUAUUUACUAGUUAUCAUCUUGUAUCAGGAUUUUAUACAAGUGUUGUUAAUUUAUAUUUAUUAAUAAUGUUACUAAUUUGAUUUUCUUAAAUGAUAGCGGACAAUGUUUAUAUUAUCUUAUUGAUUCACUGAUUGUGUUUUGAAAGUUGAAAUAAAAAACAUUAAUGUUG